AUGAUCGGCUCUCUGGCAUCUCCUUACCCGCUCAAGAACAUCACUGACGCCGACCUACAAAAGCUGACUCAAACACUCUGGUACUGGGAGAUUUGCGAAGCGUGCCAGAAUGGCGAGACGUGUAGAAACUCAGGAUGCUCAUGGAAGCGCUCAGCUCGGUUAGAACAUUUCUUUGACUAUUACAAAUAUGUCACGUCGUCCUAUGUUCCAGACCUGCUUCCUGCCAGCACCCCGGCGUUGCGCAACCAUGAGGACGUUUUCGAUAUCAUCGGACUGCUCCGGACCUAUGCUGAUACGAAACGCUCAAAAUUGACACAUCAUUAUUUCUCCAAGCGAGAUAAACCACCUCCGUCCAGUGAUCAGCAUUGGGCAUUCAAUCUUGCCGUACAAGUAAUGUCGAUGGUCAAGUGUUCAGCCGAAAACCAACCCUCCGGCCUGCUAGAGCUCGGAACCCAGCCAAUCCAGUGGCAAUAUAAUGAGUCACUAGCUAAAUUCAUGUCAAGAGCGUUUCCACAAAAGGAUACAGGCAAUUUGCAUGUUUACGAUGGCUUGGGCGAAAUCAGAGAUAUGAAAUCGGCCUUGUCAGCCAAACGUCUAAUAAAACAUGCAGGGCUUAGGUUUCAAGGGACUGACGAUCUGCGAAACCAUCUGAGGAUGGACGUAAAAAAAGGGGUUGUGGAAAUUUACCAUUACACAAGCGUCUUGAGGGAGCACUUGAUGGCAUCUCAAGAUACGAUUAACCCUCUAGUCUUUGAGAACUCUAUUUCAACAGGAAAUAUUCCUAGACAGAUUGCCCUCGACGCUCUGGAUUCAAUGCAAAAGAUCCUCUUCCCCUUUGGCUCAGAUUCAGAGCAGAUCCUCCGCAAACUGGUAGCCAAAGAAUCCUUCGACCCCGACUGCCUACGAUAUGACUCGGCCAUCUAUCGGAUGGAAGGCGAAGAAGACACAUCGUACAAUUAUUUCGGCGCGCGACUUGUGGACUUGUUCAAGGAGCUAGAGGAUCCCAGCCCGCGCGGUAUCCUGGAGAAAUGGUUCCAGCGCAAAAGCUCUGCUCGCUAUAUGAUGAUGGCCACGCUCGUCGGCGUUAUUAUAGCAAUUGUUAUAGGAAUUCUCGGGCUAGUUGUCGGGGUAUUCCAGGCUUGGGUGGCGUACGAAGCUUGGAAACAUCCUGUGAGUUUUGGGAAAUGA